CUUCUGAGUCCCACAUUCUGACUGCCCUGUUACUGUGACAACCAUUGCUGAGGACGCCAGCGGGACUCCGUUCUUUUUAGGCUCUCACCUCCCAUUCUCUCUUGUGUACCUGUACACACUUCGCCUUUGGCUGUUUUGUGUUACUUGCUCCCUUCCUUCCCCUCUUUUCCUCUCCUCUCCUCUCCUCUCUUCUCCUCCUCUCUUCUUUUCCCUUCCUUCUCCUUCUCUUCUUUUUCCUUCCUUCUCCUUCUCUUCCUACCCUCCCGUUCUCUCCUCUGAUCAUUCCCUCUGUUUGAAAGAGCCCUACCUCAAGUAUUUUGACCUAGGCUUAGAAGCUAAGAUGAGCUGGCUGAGUCGUAUAACUCCCAGGGGUCCAGAUGGGCGGAAUAGUCGCAAUGUUGCCCCACCUAGCCCAUGCACUGCCGACCCCGAGACAUGCUUGAUGGUGUUUGAGAACCACUGGAGACAGGUGUCAUGGGUACUAGAGCAGAGGGACUCUACGGCUGGGGGAGCAGAUGAUUUGACAGCAGUCAGGAAUCACACUGAUCAAAUGCUGUGUCUACUUGCAGAGGAAAGACCAGCAGGGGGCGACGGUGAUCCACAAGCUUUUGGUCCUAUUCUGGAGCUGGUGAUGUCUGAGAACAUCUUGGAGCGACUGGUACAGUGGCAUGUGCGUCGUGGUCUGGACCCUGACAGUCAAACAGCUCUACUGAAGCUGUUUGAAAUGCUAAUUAGCCAAUCUCAUCAGCCCUUGCUCCAGAACAGUGCUGUACUGCAGCCAUUACUCAUCCUGCUGGGAGCAUGUGUAGACCCUCACCUCGGUUGUCCCCCUAACCUGGAGGCCAGCCUUGUUAUGCUGCUCAAUCAGGUUUGUGUGUCCAUGGCAAGGCAGCCUGCUGUGUUGGAGCUGUUGUUCAAGUGUGGGAAAAUACAGCAGGGUCCCACAAACCUGUUGAUCUUCUCUCUCCUGGUACCGUUUAUCCAUCGAGAUGGAACUUUGGGACAGCAAGCUCGUGAUGCCUUGCUUUUGGUCAUGGCUACCUCAGCCAGCAACCACGCUGUGGCCUGCUACAUCACAGAGAACUCCUACUUCUGUCCUGUUCUAGCAACAGGCCUGAGUGCACUCUAUUCAUCUCUGCCACGGAAGAUUGAGGUGCGUGGUGAUGACUGGCAUGCUCUCCGUAGGGAGGACUGGAUGGGCGUUUCCUCUCUGGUCCUGUUCAUGAACAGUCUAGAGUUCUGUAACGCCGUGGUACAGGUGGCACACCCGCUCGUCCGCUGCCAACUAAUUGACUACAUCCACAAUGGCUUCCUGGUACCAGUCAUGGGUCCUGCCUUGCACAAGUCAUCUGUGGAUGAAAUGAUAGCAAGUACGGCAUAUCUGGACCUUUUUCUACGCAGUAUCACAGAAAAGUCCCUCCUCAAGACAUUUCUUUGCUUCAUACUGCUGCAUCGCCAUGACAACGACACAAUCCUCGAUACACUGCUCACACGCAUCAGCAGCAACUCGCGGCUGUGCAUGGUCUCUCUCAGUCUUUUUAAGACUUUGCUCUCCCUCAACUGUGAAGACCUCAUGCUCCAGCUCGUACUCAGGUAUUUGCUCCCUUGCACACAUGUGAUGCUGAGUCAACGGCGUGCAAUCAGAGAGACUGACCUCUACGGCAAAUCAGCCGAUAGAUUCCUGUCCCUCAUCCCAGAAUGCUGCCGAAUCACCACAGCAGCCUGUAAUGAAAAGGAGGAGGAACCUGCGUUCUGGGGAAAGGUGUUGGGUAGCCCCACUUCAGAGUCUCCCAUUCAUGCCAAGCCUAGCACUCCAUCCCGCUUGGCUAUUUUCAUUCGCCAGCAAAACACAGGCAACCAGUCCUCCACUGCUGCCACUGACAACACUCCUUCCUCUCCUCGGGGCAGCAUUUCCACACCAUCUCCCAACAGCCCCAUGCAUCAACCUCCAGAGGCUUCAGAAACUGAGUCUGGGUACCUGGAGUACCUCAGAGAUGCACGACAGGGGAUUGAGCUCUGUUCGUGGGCCUGUCGGGACUGGUCAGCUCCUUAUGAUGGAGAAAAUCCUUCCCCCAACUCGGCGCCACCUCCUCCACAGCCUCCCACAUCCAACCCAUCUCUCAAUAUGGUGCCUGAACACUUUUCCAUUCAGCAAGAUGGGCUUAAAGACAUGCAGCAAAGGGCAGCGAUAGUGGCAGCAGCACGUGCAGAAUGGAGCAGCUCAGAUCGAAACAGUGGAGAGUGGGAUGUAACAAUUAGUAAGAACUGCAUCAGUCUCACACCUCGCAGCAAGAAACGCAGUCUGUUGCCCAAUUCUGUCUCUUUGCAGCCAUCGUCAUCAAUGUCCUCAUCAGCAGUUCCCCCAUUAGGGGCAGGAGAGCCUGCAGGUCGGCAACCCCACACACUUCCACAUCGAGCACUCUAUAAUGGCACUGGAAAGGCAGAUGAGUGUGUGGAUAUGUCUGAUGGAGGGAUGGAGGUGAAGAAGGUAAAGAGAGAUGCAGAUGCUAGUGGAGGAGUGGAAGAAUCAGGUGUGAAUGGAAGGGUGAGUAUUGUAUCUGCAGAAUCCAGUCUUCCUUUGAAGGGAGAAUAUAGUUCGGUGACAAAACCAUCCCAGGUGCAAACUACUGUGCUUCCACAACCACAGACAAGCCCAACAGACUUGCAGUUCUCAUCUCAGGAAUGUAAGUCCAGUGAACGUCCGAGAGCUACUUCAGCCCUGAGCUCAGCUGAAGCUUUAAUCACCACAAGUUGCAGAAGCCCAGGGCUGGAAUCGGUUGAGAGCCUGAUCGAUGAACUGCUAGAGCAGGCACCAUCUGAGCCACUGUCUGAAGAAUCCAAUGGCCAGGGCAUCAGCAUUGAAGCAUUCCACCAAGAGCUAAGAGAGCUAGAAGAGCGAGUAAAGGGCAGGAGAGUUCACAGACGAAGCACUGAUGACUUCAUCCAAGAUCCUUUAUCUAAUCCCCCUGAUCCAAAUCGGACAGACGAGGAGUGCCCUUUAUUAGAAACCGUGCAGGGAGCUGAAGAAUCAAAGCCUGAAUCCUCCACUCCAUCAAUGUUUAGCCCAGCACGACCCAUUGGACAACCUCAAGCACAGCCAUACAUAGGUCCUUUUUUGACGGUGCUCUUUUCAAAGCUGGAGAAUAUGAUGCAAAACUCCUUGUAUGUAAACAUUCUGCUGACGGGCAUCGUGUUUCAGCUUGCUUGCUACCCUCAGCCUCUCCUCCGCUCCUUCCUUCUGAACACAAAUAUGGUGUUUCAGCCUAGUGUCAAGUCUCUAAUACAGGUGCUUGGAUCUGUAAAGAAUCGCAUUGAAGCGUUUGCUGCAGUGCACGAGGAAUUUCCAGCUAUGCUGAGGAAGGCUCGGCGCUUCCUUGUCACACGAGGCAAAAUAGACUGGACAGAUUCGCCCAUGGGAGUACCUCCUCUCCGCCGAUCAGACUCAAUGGUAAAGAGUCGUAAGCCAUCACUGGGCGAGUUGAUCCUGAGGCAUACUAACAGUCCAACACGAGCACGCCAUGCAGCUCAGGCAGCUCUGGCGCAUGUGAGGGAUGGUGGCCAUUCUCUGCACAGCGCAUUGUUCCGCGGCGUGGUGACUGGAACUGGAGCUUCUAGUCUGGAAAAACAAGCAGAGGCACUGCGGGUGAAAAACACUGUUUAUUGUGCUGUCAUUUUCUCUGAGUUUCUCAAGGAGCUGGCAGCUUUGGCACAGGAGCAUGCAGUGGCCAUGCCCUUUCCACCCAGCCAAGACACUGAGGAGUGACAGACACUGUGCCAAAUCUUCCCAUGGUUUUUAAAAAGAAAAAAAAAAAACAAGCGUGUGAUAGGUGUAAUUACAUGUUUAUACAUUUUUUUUUAAAACUGUACAGGAUAUGUAAGAGCUUAAUUGUUAAAGCUUUAGAACAUUGUCAAUAUAAAUCUUGUAUAUAUUCUAUAUAAAAUACGUGUAUAAUGUUUUUACACGUUAUGCUCAGAGCAACUUGUAUGCUUUAACAUGGCUGUACACAGGCACUCCCUAAAGCAAAUCUUUGAUGUUAUUUCGCUACAUAUCAUUUUUUUUUUAUGUAAGAGGCAUGCUGCUUAGAUCUUUUUAUAUCAUUAGGACUGUAUUGAAUAAUUCUAUAAAAAGAAUCUGCUAAAAAUAUGAACAAAGCUCAGUAAAACCUGCACAUUUCUGUUAUUUUCUGUAGAAAUUUAAUAGGGAAUUGAUUUUCACAAUGUGGCUUGAUUGUCGAUAAUCACAAUAAGGGCCUUGCCAGCAGGCUGAACAAUUACUAUGUACAACCCCUUUUAUCCAAACAAAGUGAGGAAAAUAACAACAUGCCAGUUCAUUCUUAGACCUACCUUUUAUGUUUCAGUAUAUUCAAGUCUUGUCUAAGCUGAAGUACAAUUUUUAAAACAGGAUCAGUGUAAAUAGGUUAAAUCAUAUGUCUGUAAUUGAUUGUUAUUUCUCUUUUUUAUAAAAAGGAAAAGAAAUCUCUCAUACAAAUUUCAGAACUAAUGUGGAGCACUGACUGGUUAGCUCUCAUGAAUUAUACAGUGUCCUACUCACCGAAACCUUGGGUGCAUUUGUUGCCUAUUAAGAACAGAGUAUUUGACACUGAGCAUACAAGCACAAACAAAAACAGAGUUGCAAAUGAUGCAAAAUUGUGACUUGUUAUAAUUUUGUUUCAUAAACUAUUUAAUACCUCUUGAACAUCACGUAUAAGAAAUACAGAAUACUAAAUAUUAACAUACCAUUACGCCAGAUGGAAUGCCGAUAACGUAUAUCACAAAUGCAUCUAUUGUUUCAGUGACUAGAUAAAUUGUAGGGGGAAAUUUUGAGAGUUGACCAGUCAAGUAUGAUUUUAAAGAGUCUGUUCCUAGAUACAUGAUCACAGAUGUUCCUUUUGUCGAAUUGUGUGUUAUUCCAUGUACAGUGGCUUGACUCUCCUCUCUGACUGGAGGUGGUCAUGAGAGACUGUGAAAUGGCACAGGAAAUUGACUGGAAGGAGAAUAACAACAGGAGGAGGAGGAUAAUCGUAGCAACAGGAGAAUUAGAUUUUUGAAAAGGCACUGAUCUUUUACUGGCUCUUUAUGGUGCUCCAUUUAGUUUCUGAAUAAGUGGGCCAUUUAGUUUCCCUGGUGGCUGCUUUCAUAGAUGACGAGACUGUCAGGUUUUAGGCGAGUUCCAGCCUGUGCAGGGAAUGUGCCAAGUUCAGAGAAGCAGAAGCCAUUUCAGUGUUGCAGCAGGCAGUAAGUUCACUGUAUGUUUUAGUUGAAGUUUUCCCUAGGAGAGUUUAGUAUCCAUUGUGAAAGUACUGCAUGUGCUGAUGUGAUGUGGGUGUUUUUUUUUUUUGUUUCUUUGUUUUUUUGUUGUCCUUUCCCUUUGGUUAAAUAUGUACUGACUCUUUUUAUGCAGGCAAUUUAGCGAAACUCGAUUCCUUGAUUAUUUCCAGAUUAUUAUUCACAGCCAUAGAGACAAUGUCAUACUUUAUAUACACUUACUUUAAUGUUCUAUGUACAUGUUCUAAUCAUGUUUUACUGUUGUUCCAUUCAAUGAAAAAAAGAGAUGUUUUUUUUAAGACCUGGAAAUUGAAUCACAUUUCUUUUUCAAUUGUUGUAUGUGUAUAUAAAAUUGCAGAAAAUGCUGGUUAAAUUAAGAAGAUGGAUGAAAAUGUGGCAACUUGGACUCUUAGCCACUUAUCUAUUAGUCCAUCCAUUUGUCUCCACUUAUCCAUCUGCCCUAAUUGCCUACUCAUUUCAAACAAGCUUUUCUUUGCUUAGACUUUGAAUUGGUCCACUGGAGUGUCUGCUUUGCAGAAAAGCAUUGAGUAGCUAAGCAUCAUUUCAGUCAAGAGAUCUUUCACAUGUUUACUUAAGCACCAGUGUCACAUUUUGUGUUUAAGGUGGUACCCAAAAGGUUUAAAUAUUCAUCUAAAAUUGUUCUAUUAACGGUCCUUAAGCUUUUGUCUAGAGAUCCUGAAAUGUGUCUUUAUGCCAGGUUCUUACUGAGUCGUCACUUAGAAGGUGCUCCAAAUUGUUGACAGGAGCUAAACAUUUUUGAGUGAUGUUAUGUCUUUGGCUGUGGUUUGUGAAAGUAUGUAAGGCAUGUAAUUAAAGCAAAGGGGUGAAUAUUAAACAGCUGUUUUAGGAACAACAUCAGGGCCUAUGGUGCCAAGCUUUGCCUAGUAAACAGCUUACUUGGCCCCCUUUGGUGUUUUUACUGCUAUUUAGAUAUUUAAAAAAAAAUGUAAAUGGGGCACGGUUGUGUACAUGCCCUGAAAAAGUGCCAGUUUUGUAUUUCAGCCUUAGAGUCAAUACAAACUACCCCCAGUGCACAUGGUUCCAAGAGGUUAGACCUCUAGAUUAUAAUCAAUAUUUUAAAACUGGCUAAAAUGGAAAAACAAUACUAGAGUAAUGAAGCAUUUGACAAAGUAAUUGCUUGUUCUCAGUUGCUUGAUAUAGGAAUCGGGGAAAUUCAGUGAAAUCUACAAAGAAUUUUGAGGUUCAUUUUUAUUCAUUAAUUAUUGUUGUUAAUUUUUACUUUUUCACCUUUACUGAUCUUGGCUGCUUUUCUUUUUAUUGGUGAAGUUUUGUCAAUAUGUUUGCAGCUUGUUAUCUAUGCAAACCUGCGCCUGUUGCUCUUAGUUUAAAACAUUUCAGCUUUUGUGUACACAUGCACAGUAAUGCUUAAACUUGGGGAAAUUCACCAAACCCCUUCGUUUUCUUCUUUAACAAUUCACAGAACUGUAUGGAAAACAAAUAUAAAAUGAUGAAUGUUGACAGAAAUAUUUUUCUAUAUAAAUCCUUAUGAGUAUAGCUGAUCUCAAUAGGGUAAGUCAAUGGUUACACUUUAAAAUCUGUAAAUCACUAAAAGGGAUUUUUUUUUUUUUUUAUUAAUUUAUAAAUGUUUUACUUAGCAAUA